CAGGUGGUGGUGGUGGUGGUGGUCUUGUGUUGACGUCCGCUACUCCACCAGGUCCGUGUCGACAACCAGCUGACAUUCUGAGACUGACAGGAGUGGCGGACUGCCGACGCACACCUUCACUAUCCCUCACCCACCCAUACCUCCACCAUGGCCUCCAAGAACCUGACUCACAUUUUCAUGAUAAUGAGAGACAAGGCGAUCCAACGCAGGAAUAUGUACAAGCAGGUGGAGAGUUACUCGGAUCAGGAUUCAUUGGUGCAAUGUAAGGAGAUGGAGAAUGGGCUAGGGGGCCUGGGGGACAGCCACCUUCCAGAUUGGACAGGAAUGGUGGAAGAGGUGCAGUACAAUAUCCUCACCCUCAAGGAGAAGAUUAAGCGCUUGGCAGCCUUGCAGAGCAACAUGGUGCGGCGACCAUCUCUGGAUGACAACACAGAGGAGGAACGGCAGUUGACGGUGCACCACAAUGAAAUCCGGCGGACCCUGGAGAGGUGUCAGAUGCUCAUGAUCCAGAUCAAACAUAGUGGAUGUCAUGGACGUGAGGGAACACUCAACAAGAAUGUGGUUCGCUCAUUAGGGUUUGCUUUGCAAGAAGUGAAAAAUGAAUUUAUGACAGCCUGUUCAACAUUCACUGCCUCAAUGAAUAAUUUCAAGAAAAGCAGUUCGUUUGUUCAUGAGGGAGGAGGUGACUAUGACAGCGACUAUGGAACAUUUGAUGCAAGUGGUUCUGGUGUUUCAAGUCAGAAUCAGGCUUGGACACAGGAGCAGAUGUUGUUCCUAGCUGAUAAUGCCAUGAUGGUGCAGGAGAAUGACAGGGCAGUGCAGCAGAUCUUGCAGUCUACUCUUCAGCUCAACCAGCUGUUCAAGGAUGUGGCACAGCUAGUGUCAGAACAGGGUACUGUGUUGGACCGAAUAGAUUUCAAUGUGGAGCAUGCAUCUAUAAAAGUGGAAGAGGGAGCUCGGCAGCUGAAAAAGGCAGACCGCUAUCACCGCAAGAACCGGAACAUGAAGUGCAUCCUCGGCCUGUCAGGCACCAUCAUCAUCCUGAUAUUCAUCCUUGUGUUUGUCAAAACUAAUUAGCAGAGAACAUGUGAUAAGGUGUACAUAGAUAUAUUGUUUAUUUUAUAUAUCCAGCUGUACAUAGUCUAUUUAUUCUAUUGUGCUUAUCAUGAAUACUAUUAAUUACUUGUAGAUCAUAGAGAAGAGCUUACUUUGUUAUAAGUUGCCUCAAAUUUUACAGAUGCAUUUUGUACUCUUGAGCAAAAUGUCCGAUGGACAAUUUUCUAAUCUACUAGUGUUAUAUAGACAUGCAGUAUUUAAAGUCAGGUAUGGCAAAAAUCAUAGCAGAAAUAUAUACAUAUAUGGACUACCAGGAACACUGUUUUGUAGUCUUAUGGUUAACUUUUUCAACAUUGUCUUUGUCUUCUUGUUUACUGUCAUGCAGUUUUUGCCACAUUUGCACUCCCUCUCUUGUAGUGACAUGUGGUAAUCUUCUGGUUAUAUAGGGCCAGCCUUACCUAAAAUGUGAAUAUAUGUCAUUGGCAAAUAAAUAGACAAAAAGAAAAAUGUCAGGGAAACUAACAAGAUAUUAAACUAGUAAUUUGACAGACAGUAAGAAAUACAAGUAGUAGCAGCCAGACUGACUGUUGUGAUUAGGGUGUCAUCAUUCAUCUCAGGUAAAUAGAAUCUCCUCACUUGAUCUCUGAGGAUACAAGGCACUCAAGAUAUUAGUCAAAUGAUGGAAGUACUUGGUGCACUCAUAAAUGAAUAGAUGGCUAAAGUGGUGUGGCCACUUCACUAUAGCAGUGAGCAAAGUUACACAGAAGAGAGCUACAUAGUAUAAGAAACACAAAAUAGCUGUGUAAUUGGGUCUGUUAAUAGUGUGGUAAUGUGAUUUUAUGUUGGAUGUUGCUGUGUCAGUGGAUAGAAUGCACAAACAGUGACUCAAGAAAUAAAGACUCAAAAAGAUGAGGUUGGGAACUGAUGAUUGGUAUGGUCUCUAAUGUCCUUGUGUCAGGGAUCAGUCCAGGGCACUUUGUCACGUUCUUAUGAUACUGCAACAUGACAAAAAGUAAGAAAAGUUGCAGGAACAAGAGGCUUCCUUCCAUUUUUUCUAGUACUAGUAGGCAAUUUAAUUAAUGUCAGCAGUGAAUUAUGCUCUUUUUCAGCAUCUGAUUUGUCAACACCAUAUUUACUACAACUGUGCACCAGUCUUCCCAUGCUGAAGUUUAGGUGAUGUCUUUUUUGUUUUUGAAAAGAGCUCAUUGCUAAAACUUCCCCUCCUCCUUUCCCUCUUCUCUUCAUCCUCUUAAUUUUGCAGUAUAUAUACAACUUUCACCCCAUAAACCAUUCCUUAAUCUUUACUCUGUAACUAAACAAAUGAGUUAUUUUAGUAUUUUAUUUCCUGUAUGAUUUAUCUUUACCAUGAUUGAAGAACUGAUAGUCAACAAAACUGUGCCUAACAUUACUCUUUCAUAAUUAAUACAACAUUCAACCAAAUUAGUCACCUAAUAGUUAACUAAUGUCCUAUAAAUUCAGCACAAUUUAUACUCAUUAUUCUGAAUUAUACAGGUUACCACAAAUGAAGCUACGCUCUGAUAACACUAAGUGUCAUUAUGUAAAGGCCCGUCCAGACAAGCGGGCCUGAUCAGCGGGCAUGCCCGUUAACGGGCACAUUUGAUGGGCAAAUGGUCAAAUUGCCCGUCGAGUAAAAUCACUACGGUGGUGCCCGGUAGCUGGAGCUUCAAACCUGCCAGAUGCAAGUUAAUAUCGUGAGCCCAUAGCAGGCUGUCCUCCCACAUCCCACGUCAUUGUAACACGGUUCACAUUUCACCAUGUCAACCCUGGAGAACUUUAGCGAGCCACCUACCAUUUAUUGGUCUAAAACACUGACUAGCAUGUUGAUUGAACUUUAUCGUGAGAAUCCAUGUUUAUGGAAUGUGAAGCUGAAAUGCUAUAAGAAUAGAGACAAAUUGCAAUUAUCAAGAUAUACAAUAUCUUCUUGACAAUGCUAGGGGUCGUACCGCACUCCACAUGCUAUUAGCAUCGUCGGGCACAUCCGGCUAUUCAUCAACUCGGUCGUGUGGAUGACAUUCACAGGCAGGCGCAGCAGAAUUUGCCCGCCAACCGCGCUGCCCAACGGACAUGCCCGAUCAUCUGGACGCAGCUUAACAAACAUGCACUUAGAAGGACAAGAAUUACUGAAACAUUAGUGUCAUCAUUGCUCAAUAACAUUCAGAAUAUCACUCAUUAUUAAAAUACUAUCAGUACAAGGUUUAUUAAAUACUUGUCUUUUCAUGCCCCAUCACCUAAAUUGCAAGCACAUUAAUUUAACAUAUAGUGGAGACAAUUAUGUCAGAAGAUCUAUGUGUAUGGGCAGUGUUCAUUGCCAACUGUGUAACUGUUGAUGAGUAUAUAAGAUAAUAAGAGUAGUUGAAUAUGUGAUAAUUCUAGUCAGGGCAAAGCUCAUUCAAAGGAGUUGCUGACACCUUACAUACAGGUAGACACACAGUUUUGGAAGGUCAUGUAACCUUUUGAAUGAAAAUUUGGAUAUUAUUUUAUACAUCCAAAUCUCUCCCUCCUCCCUCAAAAAAAUAAAUAAAUAAUCAAAAAGUGCAUGUAUUGGAGAAGGGUAGAGUUAGCUCCACCAAACACAAUAAUAUGGUUACAUUAGUAAUGCCAAAAUCAGCAAGUUACAAAGGUUGUUACAGGAAUUUUGUUAAGUUGAGUGGUAGUGUAUAAUAGUUAUAAAAUGUGGGAACAUUGAAAAGUAAUAUAAAGUCUGCUAUAUACACACUGAAGACUGUUUCUGUAAUGAUAAAUGCCUCUCUUACAUGUAUUUGCAUUGAUGAAUUGUGUUAUUUUGGUCUAAAGAGUCUUAGCAUGAAAUAUCUACACGUUUUUGCCAUCCCAUCUCUUAUUUUCAAGAGACUUUAAUGAAAGUUACCUGAGGCUUUCAAGGAUAUUUUCGUGAUUCUAGUAAUAUCUGAAUAAGAAUUCUAGACCAUCAAUAAGAAAGACACUGAGAACACCCCCCCAUUGUCAACUUUUUAUAUUUAUAGGAUCAGUGUUAUGAAGUUUAUUAGCUGAUAUACAACAGUUCUUGCUGUCCUUCAUCAUAAGUGAAAAAAUCACACAUUUUGCUCCCUUUGUGUUUUCUGAAGUGCUUUUACAUGCUCGUCAUUAAUGGAAAUGAAAAUUAUUGCACCAUUGUGAUAUUUUCAAGAUGUUUCUGAAUGGGCUAAUUUAAUCUUCUGGUGUGCACUCAUUUGCUUUUGUUCACUAGUGUUCAUGUAGUUGUGCACCUCUUGCUUUCCAUGUUAUUCAUUAAAGAAAAGUGAUGCUUGAAAGAUUCAUACCGUAGUAUUGCAUUUUAUCCAUACAAAACCAUUGCACCAAACUUUCCAGCAAGAGGACUGAUUAUAUGAAGUACAUCUUUUCCUCUAUGUACCAGACUAAUUUUAUGACAGAAGGAACCAGUAAUGAGGUAUCCACACACACACCAUACACCUCAUAUCCAAUGUAAUUUUUCUUCAUUAAUCACUUACAUCCUUUCUACUUACCCAAACUAUCUGAACAGUUAUUAGUUAGCUCAAUCUGCCAGCUCUGUAUUAACACCAGUUCUCCUUUGCUGUUUCUCAUUUCUCACUAUCCAUUUUUGCUACUAUACACGUUCCCUAGACCAAACGUGCAGUACACUUCAUCUGGUUUAUUGUUUCCGUCUUCAAUGUUUCUACUCUACAUAUAAAAGUCACUAUCAUUUCUUUGUAAUACAACUUUUAUUUUAUACACUCCAAUUAAUCUGACAGAGCAAACUCUUGUGCUUGCUCAAUAUCUCCUCCAAAUCAGCUACCAGUGUAAUAUGAUUUCCAAAUAUGCAUCCAUUCAUUGAGUGUACAUUUCCAGAUCUAGUGCAAUUUUGAUAAGUUAGUAAUGUUCCUUGCCUUCAUUCAUAUAAUAUUAUUUAGAAUCCUCAUGUGUAUUACUAUCAUAAACUUGCUAGAAAUUAUUCUGAAUAAUUUAUUUACUUAUAUAUAUCUACAUUUUUAAAGAUACUAACAAAAUAUUUUACUAAAUUAAUCCAUGUUGUGCAUCACAAUCCCUCCAUGUGUGGUGCAGCAGCUCAGGUUUAUGUAUGUGAACUCCAUGACCAACACUUUGUCAGACUAGCCAUAAUCAAUAACUUUAGUUUUUAAAACAUGAGCAUGGAAAUUUUUUACUUUAAAAAUUAAAUGUAGUUAUUCUACUUUAAACAGUACUUUUCAUUAUUGAAAAGAUGGUAGAGUGAAUUUGAGCUUUCUCUUAAGAUAUUUCAAUUUGUCUAAGAUAAAAAUCGAGAUUGUUGUUAUUGCUAGUAUCAUAAUUUUGGAUCAAUUGAUUUAUUAGUUAUCAUAAGAUAGAAUUAUGGCCAGUUAUCAAUUAUUAGUUAUUGCCAAUAAGGUUAUCAUUAUGGAUUUAUUGGCUAUGGAGAUUUUUUUCAUUAUGACGCAGAGCUAUGGUUCUGAACCCAAGGGGGAGAGUAUCAAAGCAUGUUGCAAGCUUCCUGAGGCCUUUUAUCUUCAAUAUGAGAGGCAACAACAAUUACUGAACAAAUAUCUCAAAAGUAAAUCAAUUACCUAUGUAUUUUCAAUGUGAACACAAUAAAGGUCACAUUUCAA